UAAUAUGAUUAAUUAAAUCCUAACAGGUUUGUUAACUUGUUAUGGAAGAUGAGAGAUUGUUAAGAUCUCCUUGGAAGAAGAAACGACUGCGGUUUAAACUAGGAAGCUUAUCACACGAGGAGAUUGGAUUGAACCCUAGCGUCUUGGGCCGAGCGACGCCAGUAUAUAACAGCGGCAAACGGCGUCGUCGAAGAGAUCGGAUUGAAUCGUACAUCUAUCUAUCUCCCGGUCAGAAGUUCGUACGUAGGUCCAAGAUCCAGCCAUGGCGUCGAGCGACAACGACGACCAGGGCUACAGCGAUUUCGACGAGGAGGAGGACCCGAUCGAGCUCGAGUCAGACGACGACAUGGCGACGCUGCUGGCCGCGAGGAGGCAGAGGUACAAGGUCCUCACCGAGGGCGCCCUCCGCGCGCUCCAGGACGACUGCAUCGCCGGGGUCGCCGACCUCAUCCAGGUCCCGCCGGCGAUCGCGGCCAUCGUCCUGCGCCACUGCCACUGGAGCGCCCUCGUGGUCCAGGAGAAGUGGUUCUCCGACGAGCAGGGCCUCCGCGCCGCCGUCGGCCUGCUGCCGCCGAGCGAUGGCGACGCCGUAGCGGAGCCCAAGCGCAAGCGCAAGGGUAAGAAGCUCACCUGCGACCUCUGCUUCGACAAUCACCCUCCAGGCCAGAUGAAGUCGGCGGGGUGCGGCCACCUGUACUGCCGCGUGUGCUGGCGCGGGUACAUACGCGCAGCAGUGGAGGACGGCGCCCGGUGCCUGUCGCUGCGGUGCCCGGACCCGUCCUGCUCGGCGGCCGUGCUCCGGGACCUGGUGGACGACGUCGCUGACGAGGAGGACAAGCAGCGGUACGCGGGGUUCGCGCUCCGGUCGUAUGUGGAGGAGAGCAAGACCAUGAGGUGGUGCCCCGCUCCCGGGUGCGGCCUCGCCAUGGAGUACCUCGGCGGGGAAAGCCUCAGCGAGCAGCUGGACGUGGUGUGCGACUGCGGCCACGGCUUCUGCAUCGUGUGCGCGGAGGAGUCGCACCGGCCGGUGCCGUGCCGCACGGUGCGCGAGUGGGCGGCCAAGAACAGCUCCGAGUCGGAGAGCACCAACUGGGUGAUGGCCAACACGAAGCUGUGCCCCAAGUGCCGGCGCCCCAUCGAGAAGAACACGGGCUGCAACCACAUGACGUGCCGGGACCCGUGCCGCCACCAGUUCUGCUGGAUCUGCCUCGCCGACUACCACGGCGGCCACACCUGCAACCGCUACGAGGUCGACGAGAUCGACGCCCGGCAGGCCUACGCCAGGGCCUCCCUCGACAGGUACAUGCACUACUACGAGCGGUGGGUGGCGCACGAGCACUCGCGGGUAAGGGCCAGCGAGGACAUGUUCGAGCUCGAGAGCGCCCGGGAGGGCUAUCUUGAGGGUGCCGCCGCCGACGAGGCGCAGAGGCAGCUCGGCUUCCUCAUCGACGCCUACAGGCAGAUCCUUGAGGGCCGGCGGAUGCUAAGGUGGACGUACGCAUACGGCUACUUCGCCGACAGGGACAAGCUCAACCUCCUCGAGUGCCUCCAGGGCGAGGCCGAGGGCUCGCUGGAGCGCCUCCACAAGAUGGCCGAGGCGGAGCGCACCGCCAGCGAAAACUACUACGCUGCCGACGGCGGCGUCUCGUCCUACUUCGACAGGCUCGCCAAGCUCACCAAACAGACCCACGAUUACUUUGAGAGCAUGGCUGAAGCUUUCCAAACCGAUCUCGACUAGCUGGCUAGCUAGCUGCUCCAUCGCCCCUACCUACCCAAGGUUCUUGGUUUAACUACAAGUAGUUGCUUUUUAGUUAGAGCUAGACAAUUUUCCACCUUAAUUCAUCCAUUGCCAGAUGUAGUAGCUUUUAUCUGAACUCCUUUGUUUUUUUGCAACUUUUUAGAUUUGGACGUCCUUUAUAUUACUGCAGUCAACUGUUGUCAAAUUAACGCCGUUUUCGGCUAAUGUGUCCUUAUUUUGGCCAACAUGAAAGAUGUGGAGAUUAAUUGGUUUGCUAUCAACAUUUGGCAUUGCCAACAUUUAGCAACCUUUUAUGAGAUUCGCAACGAAAAUUGGUAUGUAACCAACCAAACCAUCGGUCAUGUCCUGUCUCAAUCUUAUCACAUUUAUGUAAUUCUUUCCUUUCCCUAGAAAGAAUAAAUAUAAGUCGUGUC